GACCAGAACAGAGGGAUGAGCAGCGAGAUGAAGACCUCUGCAAGAUCUGCUACGAUGCAGUCAUCGAUGUGGUGCUCUAUCCAUGUGGCCACUAUAUGCUGUGCAGAUGGUGCGCGCAGAUGGUCUCAGACUGCCCCGUUUGCAGAUAUGUCAUCACAGAUGUCAUUCGCACUUACAAGGCAGAGCUGAAACGCCUGAGGGGCUAUCGGGAGGUCCUGGCCACACUACGCAGGCAGUCCGAGGAGCUGGAGGCUCUCAGUGGGCAGGAGUCAAUGGACCUGUCCCGCAUUACGAGUCUUCCGGAAAAGGUGAAGGUGGAUCUCGCGUUGGCGUUCUUGUCAACGCUGCUGGGCCGAAGGCAUCUGAGCCUAUUGAGGCUAGCCGAGAGGCCUGACGUGGAACCUGGCGAUGACAGCCCAACGUGCCUAGACGCAGGAUCUCCGGAAGUCAAACUACGAGAAGCUCUUGACAGCCAUGUGAGCACCGCAUUUUCUGGCAUGGUUCGGCUGCUUGGUUUCGGAGAUGCCAAACGAGAGGCCAAGGUUACGGAGCUGGCGUCUACCUAUCUGAAGGCUCCGAAGUGGGGCUCUGAGCACGUGAAGUCCUGA